GCUACUUCCAGCAGGAUAACGCACCAUGUCAUAAAGCGUGAAUCAGCUCAGACUGGUUUCUUGAACAUAACAAUGAACUGGAACGGUGGUGGAACGGGAGAUUCACAUCAUGGAUGUGGAGCUGACAAAUCUGCAGCAACUGCAUGAUGCUAUCAUGUCAAUACUGAGGAAUAUUUCCAGUACCUUGUUGAAUCUAUACCAUGGAGGAUUAAGGCAGUUCCGAAGGCAAAAGAGGGUCCAACCCGGUACUAGUAAGGUGUACCUAAUAAAGUGGCCAGUGAGUGUAUGUUUAGCAACACAUCCCUUAACUUGAAUUGCUUUUUAUUCCUUUAAUAAACAUGUAUAUUUUACGACAUCACCAUAUUCCAGGAGGACGAUGCCAAGAUUAUUCACUUAUGUCUGUUUGUAUUUGGGCCAGUCAGUGUUUAUAGGUGUAAAGACUUACUAUUUAACAUUAAUAUCACAAGAGACAGCAAAUUAUAGGUUAUUUGCUCAGAUAUUUAACUUGCAGAAUUAGGUUUUUCUUAUGAAAAGAGAAGCAAGCAAGCUCAAAUUUAAUCCUGCGGAAACAGGAAAACCACAACCUUUAUAUGAUGUAAAUGCACCAUUGUAUAUUUAGCUGACAAACCUGGAUGGAAAACUGUGUGGUGCGAGGCUGUUUAUCGAAACCAAGAAAAAAGUCCCGCUACUUCUCACAAAAAAAAAAAAAACUAUUUCUCAUAAAGAGACAGAGCAAGCACAAAUUCAACAUCCAGAGGCCAAACUCAGGCUUUUAUGUUGUUUUUUAUGAGAGGCUUUAAACAUGGCUGGUGUGAUCGGAUGUGACAGUAUUGGCUUCCUGUUAUAGCCAGAUCGAAUGUUUUGCUUCUAAAAUUCUUCUAAUGGCUUUUAGUCAAAUCGUUUAAUAUUAUGUUGUCGGCAAUUCAAUAUUAAUUCAGCAGUUCAUCGACAUUUCACGAGUGAUCUUCUGUGAUGUGCUGACUGUAAUAAAAACUAUACUUUUUAUAUCGCAUGUUAAGGUUUGCAAGGUUAUGCGAUUCAUAAGAAAUGAUCAAUCAGAUAAGACUUAAUGCCUAAUAAUUCAAAUCAGAGUUUAAUAACACCCUCAAUCUGAGCAAGAGGAAAUAAACAAACCCAUCUUACAAGUAUGUGAAAGUCCUUUAGCAGAAAUCCCUCCCACCAGACACACAACUAGACCACACACAGACUGAAGACCCUUAUCAGACACUGAGAUGGAGAGAGCAAUGAUCUCUGCCGUUACACUUCUCUGUGUUUUGUUGUGUGAAGAGCAGAAAGUGUUUGGGACAGAAGUGAACAUGAGAGUUAAACCAGGAGAAAGCGUCACUCUCUAUUGUGACUGUGCUGUAUCGUUUGGGUCCCACAUUCAUUGGAUGAGAAACUGCUCGCAUGAGAAUCAGCCAUCUCUAGUGAUAGAUCCCUCAUAUAUGUUUUUGGAGACACUUCCUCGUUUCAGUUUUGUGCCGAACAGCUCUAGUAACUCCUAUAAUCUACAUAUUGAGAAUGUCAGUGUCUCUGAUGAAGGAUUGUAUUAUUGUCGAAUUAAUGAAAGAAACGCAAGGACGAGUUCUGAGUACAAGAAUGGAAACUAUACAACACGCCUAUCCGUCUUCGGGUCAGUGUCUCCACACAUGGAAAACAUCAACAUCACCUCCAGACUUCCUGCAUCAGACUGUAGGCUCUGCUUCAUUCUGCUGUUCAUUGUGUGUUCGGUGUGUGUUCUCCUCUUCUCCAUCGGUCUCUACUGCCUCUGUCACAAGAAAACUGCAGUUUCUGCAUCAACACAGACUGAGAAUGGAUAUUAUGAGAAUGAAGCAGAAGUGUGUUACGCCUCACUGAACACACCUUCAAUGCUGAAGAAAAAAGAAGUGCAGCGUUCAGACUUCAGCAUUUACACUGAGGUCCAAACCAACAGAAAAUAGUCAAAGCUAGUUCUGCUGCAAUCUCCGAAGACACAGUACUCAAUAUGUUGAUAUUUAUAAUCUUUUGUUAUCUGUCACUAUGGUAUGAAACAUUAACUCUUGUGUGCUGUUGGCGAUGUUUUCAUCCACUCUGGGGUGAUUUUGAGUCUUGGACAUUUCAUAAACUCUGGGAGAAUGUACUAUCCUUUUUUUUACACUUGUGGCUGUUUUCGCCCCAUUGACUGCCAUUAUAAUGACAUUUUUGCAUAGGCUUAUGCAAAGUGUUAAUGGUGCCAACUAAUGAUCAACUGUAAAAAUUAAACAUUUUACUUUGUCCCAACAAGGAAAACCACCAACAAUCAAAAAUGCAUGAUUAUAUGGUGUCAUGGUUUCGCAAUCAAAAAAUGUGGUUAUAAUGGAAGUCAAUGGGGCAAAAACAGCCGCCUUCAGUAAAUUAGGGAAAGGAAAUAAAGAUCUUAUGCUUCACAAAAACAAUGCAUCAAAGACAAAAACUAUGUCAAGAACUGUAAAAAAAGGUUAAAAAAAAUCCAGUCCGCAAUCACUUUAUACUGAACAUACGCCAUUCUGUGUGUUUUAUCACCAAAUCAGUGACAUCAUUUAUGAAUUUGGCAAUUAAAGA